UAAGUAACUCAUAAGAAAGUGACGAACACUUUCGAGUUGCCGGUGGAUAUUAAAGAGUAUAUUUUGAAUUUAGUGAGAGUGGUAUAGGUACAGCACGGGUCAAGUUAAUAUUUAAAAGUCUGCAAAAUGAUUUUUGCAGCGAUACAAUCUGCUGCUGCGUCUGCUCUUGCCAGUGUUGCAGCAUGGGCAGUGCCGGUCCAAAGCAGUCCAACAGCUGCAACGGAAAGCGUUAAUCGGCUGUUGAAUGAGCUGAAACUCUUGGAAAUGGAUCGGCAGAAAGAAUUAAAUAAGGCCCUUGGAAACCAAAAGUUUAUGAGAUAUUAUCUCAUGACCGAGUUCCUAUCCGUCUUAUCGUUUGUGGACUCCCUUUUUAUGGAAUAUCGCAGUUACUAUGAAGCAGUGAAUUCAUUGAUCCAUUCCAAUGAGGAAUCCGAAGCUUCUCGAAAGGCCAUAGAGAUCAUCAAACGGUCUACGCAGCUGGCAAUUCAACUCAAUGAAUUCAUAAGGACGAAUGGUGAAAAGCUCUCCCCACCCAAAUUGAACGUGACCGGUCAAACGGACCACUUGCAAGCUUUAUUUAAAAGCUCUCUCGAGAAAAACGAAGAAAUCGAGGCACAAUUGCGCCCUAAAUUCUCCGGAUCUUCGCUCACAAAACAUUUGAAGGAUGUGCCGCAUCUGCCGGAAGGAGGAGGUGGAAAUAAUAACGAUGUAGGGAAGAUUAUAAAAUCACAUUUUUGCUGUUCAAAAAAUAAAUAAAUAUUUAUGAAAGAUUACCCAAUUGCAUUAAAUAAAAAGUUAAAACUAGCCUCCAAGCUGUAAAAAACCUAAAAUUAUUUUUAGUAGCUACCUACAUACGAAUAGCAAAUCAUUUGUUGGAUAUGCCGUGUAAAGACACUUGGUACAUUAAUAGAUCUAUGCCUUGAAACUGAUUGUGAGUGACCUUGCACUUCUCAAUGAUUGCUGUUUAUACUAUACGUAUAUAAAAAAUAUAUACAAAAUAUAUUUUUUUUUUCAAAUUCA